CCCCUAGCCCCAGCUGGAAGCACAACAGGGAGGAAUCUCGUUCUGGGCUGGAAAUCUAGAUAUUUGCUGCUUUUCUUCUGCUGAUUUAAACAGCCAGCACUUGUACAUUGACAAGGCAACUCACAGGUCACAAUGUGCUCAGUAGUCAGAGUCACUGAUGACAAAGGAAUCAGUGUGCAAGUAGACAGCUGUUGCCAUCAGGGAUCCAACACAACUCUCCUCAAAGUGCCACUGCAUGGGGGUGAAGGCAACAACCUGGCAGAGCCAACACAUCAGAGAGAUGCUCCUCCAGGUGGAGUCUGCCAAAAGUAGAGGUGAUGACAUAGCUCUGAAGAGCCCCUGCUUUACUAUACAGGUCCAGCCCUACCAGGGAUUUUGGCUGUUUGCCGAUGACACGGCUCUGAACGGCAUCCGCCUGCUGUGCACGGACAGCACAGUCAUUGAGUCCUCUGUGGGGGCUUGGCAACUUGUUUUCUUCUCUGGCAUGUGGGGAAACUGGACCAAGGCCCAGCUCUGCUCCAGCAGCAAGCUGGUUUCCUUCUCCCUGCGUGUGGAAAAGUGGCAGUACUUUCAUGACAACACGGCAGCCAACAAUGUGAAGUUCGCCUGCUCAAACAGGACAACGUUGGAGGGCAGGGGACUUUCAAGGGGUCAUUUUGGCCCAUGCAGCAGCAACUGCACCUCUGGGGCUAUCUGUGGGCUCCAAACACAGGUGCAGGGACCCCAGGGAAAGAGGGAUGACAGAGCUCUUAAUGACCUGAGGGUCUUCUGCUGUCAGUAAGCUGACUCCCCACCCA